ACACAUUCACCCGCGUCUUCUCGGCAACAAUGAAGGGUGUGAAGGCGGUAAUUUUGUGCUGUCUCCUGGUGGCGGUUUUGGCCGACGCGGACGCCGACGCGGACGCCGACGCCCAAUCACGCGGCAGGAACAACAGGAGGCGAGGAAAUGCGAGAUUCUUUGGCGGUGGGCUCCCCGGCCAGUUCGGAGGCGGCGGCUUCCCCGGCGGUGGUGGCUUCCCCGGCGGUGGCUUCCCCGGUGGUGGCUUCCCCGGCGGUGGCUUCCCGGCGCAGUGCAGGUACUGGUGCCGCACGCCCGAGGGCCAGGCCUACUGUUGCGAGGGCGCCCAGCAGCCGGAGCGGCCGGUCGGGACCAAGUUCGGGCAGUGUCCCCCGGUGCGGCCCACCUGCCCGCAGACCCGCUUCGGGCCCCCGCAGACGUGCUCCAACGACUACAACUGCGCCGGCAGUGACAAGUGCUGCUUCGACAGGUGCCUGGGAGAACACGUGUGCAAGCCGCCCUCGGCGUUCGGCUUUUUCGGAUAAAGGGAGAUUCGGUGGAUUGUCUGUUCGAUAAUGAACGACCAAUAAAGAGAGCGGAUGAGACCACAUAUAAUCUGCGAUCCCUGA